UCCCUUGCGCAUUCCGGGAAUGGUCUCGUCCGCAGUUAGGCCUUUGCGGUAGGGAGUUGUUAGCGGACCAACAAGUUUGACUCUGACUUUGGGUGUUUAAUAUACCGGAAUAGGAUUGGCGAAAUUCUCAAACUCGACUCUACUUUGGCUCCGGGGGUCUCCGGGGGGUCGAAGGACCGUAAAAAGCGGGAGUUUAGCGGACCAAACCGAGGAGGGAAGGGAGUCAUCGGUGAAUCUGAGCGUCCGCGGCGGAGCUUAUGAUGCCGACGUUGCGAGACAGCACCAUGUCCCACCCCGGCGAGAAUUCCCACCAAGUCCGGGUCAAGGCUUACUACAAGGGGGACAUCAUGAUCACACACUUUGAGCCGUCCAUCUCAUACGAGGGUCUCUCCGGGGAGGUGAGGGACAUGUGCUCCAUCGAGAACGACCAGCUCUUCACCAUGAAGUGGAUCGACGAGGAAGGUGACCCCUGCACCGUGUCUUCUCAGCUGGAACUGGAGGAAGCUCUGCGUCUUUAUGAGCUCAACAAAGACUCGGAGCUCAUCAUUCACGUGUUCCCGUGUGUCCCGGAUAAGCCGGGGAUGGCAUGUGCGGGAGAAGACAAGUCCAUCUAUCGCCGCGGCGCCCGGCGCUGGAGGAAGCUUUACUACGCGAACGGCCACGUUUUCCAGGCCAAGCGCUUUAACAGGCGGGCUCACUGCGCCAUCUGCACCGACCGCAUCUGGGGUCUCGGACGCCAAGGAUACAAAUGCAUCAACUGCAAACUGCUGGUGCACAAGAAGUGCCACAAGCUGGUGACGAUGGAGUGCGGCAGGCCGGUGAUGCAGGACACAUUAAUGCCCGGCCCUCCAUCAGGCCCCUUGGAACCCGCGGAUCACCAAGGCUCGCAGCACAAAGACUCUCGAGAAAGUUUGGAGGACUAUGUGGAGGAGAAGGAGGCCCGCAGCAGCAGAGACACCGGCAAGUCGCCGUCCAGCCUGGGCCUGGCCGACUUCGACCUCCUGCGGGUCAUCGGCAGAGGCAGCUACGCCAAGGUGCUGCUGGUGCAGCUGAAGAAGACGGAGCGCAUCUACGCCAUGAAGGUCGUCAAGAAGGAGCUGGUCAACGACGACGAGGACAUCGACUGGGUCCAAACAGAGAAGCACGUCUUCGAGCAGGCCUCCAACCAUCCCUUCCUGGUCGGCCUCCACUCCUGCUUCCAGACGGAGAGCAGGCUCUUCUUUGUUAUUGAAUAUGUGAACGGAGGAGAUCUGAUGUUCCACAUGCAGAGGCAAAGGAAGCUCCCGGAGGAACACGCCCGGUUCUACUCCGCAGAGAUCAGUCUGGCGCUGAACUACCUGCACGAGCGAGGCAUCAUCUACCGGGACCUGAAGCUGGACAACGUGCUGCUGGACUCGGAGGGACACAUCAAGCUCACCGACUACGGCAUGUGCAAGGAGGGGCUGAGGCCAGGAGACACCACCAGCACCUUCUGUGGUACCCCCAACUACAUCGCCCCGGAGAUCCUGCGAGGAGAAGAUUACGGCUUCAGCGUGGACUGGUGGGCGCUCGGCGUGCUGAUGUUUGAGAUGAUGGCGGGCCGCUCGCCGUUCGACAUCGUUGGCAGCUCUGACAACCCCGACCAGAACACAGAAGACUACCUCUUCCAGGUGAUAUUGAACAAACAGAUCCGUAUUCCUCGCUCGCUGUCCGUCAAAGCUGCCAGCGUCCUCAAGGGAUUCCUCAAUAAGGACCCUAAGGAGCGUCUGGGCUGCCAUCCUCAGACGGGCUUCGCCGACAUCACGGGUCAUCCGUUCUUCCGGAACGUGGACUGGGAUCUUCUGCAGCAGAAGCAGGUGGUUCCUCCUUUCAAGCCCAACAUCUCAGGAGAAUUCGGACUGGACAACUUCGACGCUCAGUUCACCAACGAGCCCAUCCAGCUGACGCCUGAUGACGAGGAUGUGGUCAAGAAGAUCGAUCAGUCCGAGUUUGAAGGCUUCGAGUACAUCAACCCUCUGCUGAUGUCUGCAGAAGAGUGUGUGUGACCCCCCCUGGCACUCGCACCCCCACACAGGUCCCCCCCUUCAGAGGGCCGCACACCUGAACUUUCGUUUGCCAAAAGCAGUUUCUGUUUCUGCCAUCUCCGCCGCCGCGUGCCCUUAAGCCCCGCCUCCUCACCUGCCAACGAGGGGGGAGGUCCGGCUGAGCACCCCCUCCUCCCACCUGGUGGGGGGGUCAACACAUAGUUUAUUUGUACAUAGAAUCCUUUACUGAAAACGUCAGACGAGGUUUUUGCCGGCAGACCCCCCCCUCCCCACACGACCUUUCAGAAUAAAAGAACCUGGAAGUUUCUGCGUGGACGUCCGCUCCGCUUUGAACGAUUCCGGUCCCUCCUCCGGGAUGAAGGAAGCUGAACGCUCUCAAACUGUGAAUGAAAGACGCCGGGAGAGGACCGGAAGAGCCGGCCCGAACCCCCGCCGGACCAAACGCCUUCCCACGACGCUCCCCGCUCAGAACACGAGGACGCCGCCCUCCCCUAGAAUUUCUAUAUUCUGCUGUUUUUCCUUUUGUAAACGAUGCCUUUCUGAACCUUUUCUAUUGUCAUUCCAUGUAUUUUUGUUCUGUUCGAGGUCCAAACGGUUCUGAUCCUGAAGCUGCUCUGACGCUCCAACCCCAAACAGACGAGGGGGGGUUACUUCCCAACACGCCUUGAAACAUUCAUUUAACCCCCCCUCCUUGAGAGAGCGGCCACGAUGGCGCCCCCAGUCUUCCGGUCAGUUUGGGGUGCAGACGGCGUCUGCUGGAUGGUUACAUGUGGGUCAGUCCCUUCCUGUUACUGCGGCGCCCGACGGGACGCUCGUUCCUGUGGAUGCUCCUCAUCCUAAAGCUUUAUAUUAUUAUUAGUGCUGAAUGGAAAUGCAGUUGGCAAAAUAAACGUUUUAUUUCUC